CCACUGCCGUCGACUCCUACCCGUGGACCACAACUCGAAGACAAAGUUUCAACAUUCGACAUUAAUUUAGACGAGGACUUUCAUAGUACCUCCUAAAACUACUCAUUUGUUCAAAGAUGGCUCCUGCAUCGAAAGUAAAGCAACAGGCUCAGAGCAAAGAGCUCUCAGAGCCCCUCCCAGACCCGGGGACCUUUGAGGGCUUGCCCGGUGUUCGGACUGUCGCUGGAGACUUAGGAAACCAGAGAGUCAAAGGCAAAGUCAUCAUCGUUACUGGCGCAAAUUCACCAAUAGGUAUCGGCCGUGCCUCCUCCCAUCAAUUUGCUCGCCAUGGCGCCCGCGCGAUCUAUCUCUGUGACUUCGCUACCUCGCACCUCGACCUCCACAAGCGCGAACUGAACUCUCUAUAUCCCAACGUCGACAUCCAUACCCGGCAAUUCGAUGCUGCGCACGAGCCCUCUGUCAGGGACAUCGUUAAAGAGGUGGUGGACAAAUAUGGCCGGUUAGACGUCUUUUUUGCCAACGCAGGGAUAAGCAGCCAAAAAGUAUUUUGGGAAGAAGACGCGGAAGGCUUCAUGAAAGUUAUGAAGACCAACGCUCUCUCGGUCUUCCUAGCGGCCAAGUACGCGAGUCGCGCAAUGCUGAAAACCUCGACUGAGAAACCAUACCCUGGUGGCAGUAUAAUAGGCACAGCCUCUGUAGCAGGAUUGCGCUCAAACGCCGGCCCUACCGACUACUCCGCUAGCAAAGCCGCUGUAAUCUCCCUCAUGCAGACCUGCGCAUACCAACUUGUCGGCACGGGUGUGCGAUGUAACGCCGUCUGUCCCGGGCUUAUUGAGACGGGUAUGACGAAGAUCACGUACGAUGCUGCGAGGGCUAGGGGCUCAGAAAAGAAGAUUGGGCAACUGAAUCCGCUGAAGAGGGGUGGUCAGCCCGAUGAGAUUGCAAGGGCGGUGCUGUUUUUGGCGAGUGAUGAGGCUAGUUAUGUAAAUGCGCAGGCGUGGGCUGUAGACGGCGGAUUAAGUGGUGGCCUACCAUUUGUGCCUGGGAAACUGGCAUAGUGGGAGUGUAUAGAGUUGCAUGUACAUAGAAUUCGUCGACUGGACUACUGCAUGGAGACCAUUUUGAGAUGCUGGUAUGACGAGAAUAACACAUGAUAGGAAAAGGAAAUAUAGCCGCAUAGCCGUUCCAAGCGAUCCUACUACUCAGCCCGCAAAAGAGAUCUGUUGAUAUGUCCGAACCGCCGUUUACUUUGAAGUAAAAGGGCCCUCCUUCUCCUCCGACGCCCCAGUUUUCGUCUUUGCAGCGGUCUCAAUUGAGGGCCUGAUAUUCUUCUCACUGUCUCCCUUCUCACCAACAUCCUUUUUCCCCUGCCUCUUAUCCUUCAUUCCCACAUUCUUCUUGGG